AUGCAACAAUUGCCGCCUCCUUGGUAUAACAGUGGUCGACGCGAAUACACAUCCCUCGGUUUCGACCACAUCCCCCAUACAAAGGGAAUCGACAGGACUUUACACAUAAAAAGGUCCCAAGAGAACCGGUCUGUAGGGGAGAAGAUCCCCCCUCCUUAUCCGAAUGGUUGGUAUGAAUUGAUUGAGAGUCGGGACCUGAAGAUAGGGGGAGUCGCUUCGAUUGAUGCAUUGGGGCAAAACUUCUGUAUCUAUCGUGGAGAAGACGGUGUUGCAAGGAUAGUAGACGCGUAUUGCCCCCACUUAGGGGCAAGCUUCGGGUCUGGUGGGGCAGUCAGGGGCAACUGUAUAGAAUGCCCCUUUCACUUGUGGAGGUUCGGGGAAAAUGGAGAAUGCACUUAUAUACCUGAUACGAAGACUAUACCAAAAGUGACACUAAAAACCUGGCAUUCAAUGGAAUUAGAUGGUGGCGUUUGGGUCUGGUAUGAUAUAGAGGGUCGACCCCCACAGUGGACCGUCCCUGAAGUAGAUAAGAUUAAAUCUUGGGGGUUAAGGGGCAGGAAUGAGUUCAUUGUUGGCACCCAUAUACGGGAUAUUCCAGAAAACGCAGCAGACGCUUCUCACCUUCAUACAGUGCAUGGUUUAUCAUUAUUGACCAACUUGGGAAAAGAGUACCCGUUUCUUAAUGAUAUUAUUGGCUUCCACUAUUGGAAGACAAGUUGGACAAAAACAGACGACUGGCACAUCGCGAAACUAACCAUAGACCAAAAGUAUCUGAUUAUGAAAAUGAAUUUAUUCCCUUUGUCUGGUAUUGUGGAACAGAUCGGUCCAGCCCAUGUCCGUUUAUCUUUCGAUACAUUACUAUUUGGUCCAUUUUUCAUAGUACAAUCUAUAACUCCUUUAGGGCCAAUGUUACAAAAAAUUAUACAUAGAGUUUAUUCUCCAACUUGGAAUGCUGUUCUUAUUAGCCCUAUGGCGUUGAUUGAAGCUAAACAGUUCGACCGUGACGUUAAAAUCUGGAACAACAAGAAGCAUAUUCAUUCCCCACCAUACGUACGUGCGGACAAGGCAAUUCGAGCCUUCCGCGAUUGGUAUUCGCAGUUCUAUAGCGAACAUAGUGUUACUAUGCGAGAUGCUUUAACACCAAAAUACGAUUGGUGAUUUACA